AUGCAAUGGCCUUGCCGGCCUCGCCAUUCGUACCAGAGCAAGGACUUGCUUAGAUUUUUGGACAACGAAGAGUACCCUCGUCGAAUACGCGGUUUCACUCCCUUGGAUUCCAACGUGGUUGUCAAGUUUGCUUGUGGGCUGGGCGUCUCUGUGUACCACGCAGAUGGCGGUUUGGCAGCUAUAUGGCCACUUGGUCGGGCCAAACUCUUACCUGACGUGCGAGAGAGAGUCGAUGGAAAACUGGUCAGUGUGCCAGGCCCUCCAGAGCUGGGUGCAGAAUACUUUGUACGCCCAAACAUGCGACCGGCCGAUGGAUAUCACGUGAAGUAUGGACGGGCAGGUGACCUGCGGUGGAUAAUCACUUGUAAGGACGGAGCCUUGAACGGCCCGCAGUUGCGCUUUGCACCGGAGGGGGUUCUAAGGCCCCAAGACAGUGGCCUCUACAAAGAUGGCACUAUGGUGGAACGGUGGCAAGAGAGUUUGUUGCCUGAGGGGUUUAUUGCUCACGUUCUGAGUGAUUUGGUGCUGCCUAUGAAGAAGGCCCUGGGAAUUGGACUCUCACCGUGUGAGGAAAGGCUUUGCUACGAGAACUUUGUGGAUGUAGACGGCAUUGAGCCCAUCGAUCUCAAUAUUGGCCCGGGAGAAGGACCUGAGGGUGUGGAAAAGGUAAGUCAGUCCAUUCCGUCCCCAGGCAGCCACGAGACAUGA